UUCCCCAGUCCCACCAUGACAUUCAAGCAAGCAUCCAUGAUGGCCCCGGAGGCCACGGCCACCACGAUGCCCAUGGCCACCAUGGAGAACUCCACCGAGACUGCGGGGCCGGGAGAGAGCAAGGAGGACAUGUUUGCCAAGCUGAGGGAGAAGUUCAUGACUGAGCUCAACAAGAUCCCUUUGCCGCCCUGGGCCCUCAUCGCCAUCGCAGUGGUUGCUGGCCUCCUCCUCCUCACCUGCUGCUUCUGCAUCUGCAAGAAAUGCUGCUGCAAGAAGAAGAAGAACAAGAAGGAGAAGGGCAAAGGCAUGAAGAAUGCCAUGAACAUGAAGGACAUGAAGUCGGGCAACCAGGACGAUGACGACGCAGAGACAGGACUGACAGAGGGGGAAGGUGAAGAAGAGGAGAAGGAGCCAGAGAACUUGGGCAAGCUGCAGUUCUCACUGGAUUAUGAUUUCCAGGCAAACCAGUUGACCGUGGGGAUCCUCCAAGCAGCUGAACUGCCAGCUUUGGACAUGGGUGGCACCUCAGACCCCUACGUCAAGGUGUUCCUGCUCCCCGACAAGAAGAAGAAGUAUGAGACAAAGGUGCAGAAGAAGACACUCAACCCUGCCUUCAACGAGACCUUCACCUUCAAGGUCCCUUACCAAGAGUUGGGUGGGAAGACACUGGUGAUGGCCAUCUAUGACUUCGAUCGCUUCUCCAAGCACGACAUCAUUGGUGAGGUGAAGGUGCCCAUGAACACGGUGGAUCUGGGCCAACCCAUCGAGGAGUGGCGGGACCUGCAGAGCGGUGAGAAGGAGGAGCCAGAGAAGCUUGGAGACAUCUGCAUCUCCCUCCGGUACGUGCCCACGGCCGGCAAGCUCACUGUCUGCAUCCUGGAGGCCAAGAACCUGAAGAAGAUGGAUGUUGGGGGCCUCUCAGAUCCCUAUGUGAAGAUCCACCUGCUGCAGAAUGGGAAGAGGUUGAAGAAGAAGAAGACCACAGUUAAGAAGAAGACCUUAAACCCUUACUUCAACGAGUCCUUCAGCUUCGAGAUCCCCUUUGAGCAGAUACAGAAAGUGCAGGUGGUCAUCACGGUGCUGGACUACGACAAGCUGGGCAAGAACGAAGCCAUCGGCAAGAUCUUCACGGGCUUCAACUCCACGGGCACAGAGCUGCGGCACUGGUCUGACAUGCUGGCCAACCCGCGGCGGCCCAUCGCCCAGUGGCACUCACUGAAGCCAGAGGAAGAAGUGGACGCAGCUCUCGGGAAGAACAAAUAGAAGACCUGCAGCCGGCGCGGCGGACAUUCAAAGCGACCCAGAGCUACUGAUACCUCAGUUACGCAACCUUUGGUUUGGUUCUUUUUUGUUGUCGUUGUUCUGUUUUAAGCUGAAAUACCCUUUGACAGCUGUGGAAGGGUUUCCAGACAGUCCCGAUAGCUUCCAGGGGAAGAGGUUAAAGACUCGGAUGGUUCUUUUCAUUCUCCAGCAUCGCUCCCUCUGGCUGCAUGCCCCAUCCCCUUCACCCAACAUCCCUCCCCAGUGCUGCAUCACCGACCCACGGCCUCACCGCCUCCGUUCUGCCCAUGGGGAUCGCCGAGCAUCGCUGCAUGGAGGUGUCACCGGAGCGGGAUGACCACACUCACUGUGCUUGCUUGGGGCUCCAGCACCAGCGUGGACAUCCAUGACCUCUGCGGGAGACCUGGCUGCCUCCCCUCUCCUGCUGUGCCUCCCGUGGGGUGAGAAUGAGAUGCUGGGCUGCUCCAGCUUUGGCUGCUGCUGGGGAGAGGUAUGCAGGGACGGCGGAGCUGUGCUGCAGGAGUUGGGGGGAUGCAGGAGGAGCACAUGGACGGAGCGCUUGGAGGAGAUGCACCCCGGGGAUGCAGUGUGGGCCACACUGCGGUGUCAGCAGGGGCUGAGCCACGGAGCUCUGUGUUUCCCAUCGUGCUUGGAGCUGCUGUUUGCCUCCUGAUGACACAGCGUAGAAACCCAUCGCUUCAGAUGCUUCCCUGCGGCUGCUUCACAUGGAGAGGUCUCUGAGUGCUGGAGGAGCUGCAGUGGGACCCGUUGCCAUCCCCCACAGCUGAGCCCCAUUGUGGGCACCCAGCACAGCCCAGGUGGGGCUCUGGCAACUCUGACCCUAUGGCUGCAUCCCACCACUGGGGGGCCGCAUCCCCCCCCCAUUCCCAAUGGGCUGCUGCUCCCCAGGAGCCGACUGCUGUCACACCCACCCUUCCCACUCCUGCUGGGUGGAAUAAGCCAUAUUCCUGUUACUGGCAGCAGCACUGGUUGGGUAAGAACUUCUCUGGAUCCAAGUCCCUGAGCUGGGAAGCUGAUGGCCUUGCCCGGUUCAGCCCGGUCCUUGCUGGGGCACAGUGUGUCCCCAUGUCCCUGUGCAGCUCUCCCCAGCAGCUUUGUGCUUGCUGCUCUGCUUUGCUUUCCUGCACCCCAGGCCUUGUGGCAAAGGCCCUGGAGAGAGGAGCUCCUUGGAACGUCCUCAGCACGCAGAGUUUGGCACUGUUAGGCUAUGAAAGAGACGGGCAUUUGGGUGAGCAAGCUUGCAGCGGAGAAGCAGAGCUUCAGGGUGCAGUGGGGAAGCCCCAGGCACUGGGAUGCUGCCAGGGGUCUACACCUGGUGUCUUGAUGCCAGCACCCCAAGCCCAGGUAUGGUGUGCCAAAGCUGGGCUCCCCCUGGGGCCAUUGGAUGCUUCGGCACU